UGUUGUGUCGGCUCGGCUCGGCUCGGUCCGUCCUGCGGUGAUCCGGGUCUCUGCAGAAACAGCGGGAGUUCGGAUGGAUAUGUGACGCGGACUCGCUCCGGAUCAGGAUGGAGAACCCGCAGAAAAACAACCCGCUGGUCAGAGAGCUGACCCGAGCCUUCAGCCACUACAACAAACACAACGUGUUCCUGAAGAAGAACCUGAAGGAGACCCUCACCUUCUUCCGCGAGAUCCGACAGAACCACAGCAACACCUGCAGCAGCACACCUGCAGCGCUGGACACAGGUCAGCUCAGCUGCAUCUCGCUCCCGCGUCACGAGGAGGACUAUCUGCAGAAUGUGGUCGGUAGCGCCCCCUACAUCCUCAUCCUGGGCCAGGACUGUUCGGCCCGAUACCAGCUGCUCAACUGCCUGCUGGGAGAGAGGCUCCUCCCCCUGGGCUCGGAAGUGGGCGGGGCCUGCGGGCCGGAGGGCGGGGCCUGCAGGAGGAGGAAGCUGUGCUUCACGCACGGCCGUCAGACGCGCUUGAGCCUGGCGCUGCCGGGGCAGUAUGAGCUGGUGCAUCAGCUGGCGGCUCACUGCGGACGCUGGGACACGGUGCCAUGCGAGGAUCUGGAGAUCCAGGAGUGCGAGGACCCCGCGCAGCGAUUGGCCGAGCUGGAGAUCACGCUCCAUCUCGCCCUGCUGCAGGAGGUGAAGAUCAUGGUGCUCCCGUGCCGCGGCGUGCAGCCGGUGGAGGAGGCUCUGGAGGACUGCAGGCGCGGCAUCCUUCCCAUCAUCCUCUACGCCGUCAGUAAAGACUCGCUGAGCGCCGAGCAGGUGAGCGACCUGCAGAAGGUGCGUGAGACGCUGCCGCUCCCCGUCUGCUUCGUCCGGGCCCCCAGCGGCCCCUCGGACCCCGAGCCGUCCCCUGGCGCCCUCUACAGGCAGCUGCUGUCUCUGGAGCUCGUGGGCGGAGCGGCGGGAAACUGUGCCUGCGGAGCUCCGGCACAGACGCAGAGCAUUGUGGGAGAGAGUCUGGAGCGUCUGCAGCGUGUGCUGGGGCCCUUCACUCGACAGCUGCUGCAGAGCCAACAGGUGGAGGCCGCCUCGCUGCUGAACGCCGUCCACUGCCGCUGCCUCGACCUCUUCAUCAACCAGGCGUUCGACAUGCAGAGGGAUCUUCAGAUCACGCCGCGGCGGCUGGAGUACACUCGAGAGAAGGAGGGCGAGCUCUUCAGCUCUCUGAUGGCCAUCGCCAACCGCAAGCAGGAGGAGAUGAAGGACAUGAUCGUGGAGACGCUGAGCUGCAUGAAGGAGCAGCUGCUGGAGGACGCCGCCAACCUGCACUUCACAGCUUCUGGGAAGUACGCCAAGAGCAUCUGCUCUCAGUUCAGGACCAGACUCAACAGCUCCCACGAGGCCUUCGCCGCCUCGCUCCGACAGGUCAGUGCCUUCACACUCUCACCGCUUUACCGAUCACUGCGAGACAUUCUGCUGCACGGAAAGCCGAAGAUGGGCCGUGAGCUGGGCCGUGGUCAGUACGGUGUGGUGUAUCUGUGUGAUAGCUGGGGUGGACGUCACCCGUGUGCCCUAAAGUCAGUCGUUCCUCCUGAUGACAAGAAGUCAGUCGUUCCUCCUGACGACAAGCACUGGAACGACCUCGCGCUGGAGUUCCACUACACACGGUCUCUGCCUAAACACGAACGUUUAGUGAAUCUCCACGGGUCGGUUAUCGACCACUCGUACAGUGGCGGCUCCAGUAUUGCGGUUUUGCUGAUUAUGGAGCGAUUACACCGAGAUCUCUACGCGGGACUGAAGGCCAGUCUGUCUCUGAAGGAGCGUCUUCAGAUCGCUCUGGACGUGGUGGAGGGGAUUCGGUUCCUGCACAGUCAGGGUUUGCUGCAUCGUGACAUCAAGCUGAAGAACGUUCUGCUGGACAAACAGAACCGGGCGAAGAUCACUGACCUGGGCUUCUGUAAACCCGAGGCCAUGAUGUCCGGCAGUAUCGUGGGGACGCCCAUCCACAUGGCACCAGAACUCUUCACAGGAAAGUAUGAUAACUCCGUCGACGUGUACGCGUUUGGGAUCCUCUUCUGGUAUCUCUGCUCCGGCUCCGUCAAACUCCCAGAAGCCUUUGAGAAAUGCUCCAGUAAAGACCAGCUGUGGACCAACGUCAAGAAAGGCUCGCGGCCGGAGCGUUUACCCACGUUUGACGAGGAGUGCUGGCAGCUGAUGGAGGCCUGCUGGAACGGAGACCCUUCCCAGAGACCCCUGAUGGGCAUCGUCCAGCCCAGCCUGCAAAGCAUCAUGGACCGCCUGUGCGACAAUUCUGACCAAAAGAGCGGCAACCUGGAGGACUCGAACUGACACUCGUUUCCCUGCAUGCUCCUCUGAGACGCUAAAGGAAAACAGCUCGUUUGUGUGUAUAAAAUGGACAAAUGUUGCUUGUCUGCCUCUGAACAAACCUGAUCACGCGUGUCAUAUUCAGCGCUGCUCGUCACGGAUCCUCUAGAACAGAGUUUUACAUGUAGUCGAGUUUGUGUUACAGAUGAACCGCUGAUUUUUAGAUGGUGUUUAAACUGGUUUACAUUAUCCUGAGAUUACAUUUUUUAAUAAAAUCAUUUGGACCAAUUCA